AAUCACUUCAGUCUAGAGCACGAGAGAUAAAAACAUAAAAAUUAAAAUUAAUUUUUGAAUUCAAAACAUAGAACGAAAAUGUUAUGAUUCUUAAGACGAGGAAUGAAUCGUGGGGAUAAAGGAAAACGUCCCUUCAAAGGAAGAGGUCAUCCACCUCAAGGAGAGUUCAUCGCUCUAGGCUCAAAAGCACCUUCAAAGACCCAAGAGGUACCUGAACUAAAGCAUCUUCCAUCGCUAAAGCCUCUUUCCGGUUCAUCAUUGAAGAAGACAACGACGUCUUUGCCAGAUCGCAAACGAGACUGUCCCAGUCCUCUGCAACCUUUGCGCAUUGCCAAGCAACGCAAGACUUCAUCACCACACUCACCAAAUGUGUCAAUAGAUAUAGAAAGCAGUUUGAAGACUUCAUCGUCAAGUUUACCAGUUCCCAGCAUUCCACCUAUUGAUGUAUCUGCUGAUGAAUUAGAAAGCAAAGUUAUGAAAGCUGACGAGAAUGGAGAUCGAACAAGAGUUGAUGGCUAUUUAACUGGAGGUCUGAAAGUUUUACGAAUGAAUCGAAGCAAACCAGACUUACCGAUGUGCCUCAGUUUGUUCUGUCUUGUCAAACGUAGAUCUCAUUUGUUUCGUUCGCAUCGUAUCACUGAGUUUUUGACGAGUCUGCUGAAGAGGGAUUCUUCUGUGACUUUAAAGGGUGCUCGCCCCAGUCCUGCAGUCCCUAUUAUCGCCUGUAAUAUUUUGCUGUGUGCCUUUCAAGACGAGCAAAAUUGGCCAGAAAGUUUUAUUAAGGUGUACGUUGAAGAUUCGUUAGGUGAUCGUAUUUGGGUGGAAAACGAGCGCUGUCGUUUAUUUGUUGAAAAUCUUCUUACGGCUUUCGAAACAAAACUCCCACCUCGUACUGUCGUUGGACAAACUGCAACCGAGGGAAACAAAGAUUCAACUAAUGAAGAUAAGAUAUCGUCAUCAAUUACAUCGCCAAAGUUCAGUAAGAUUGACGACGAAGAUGUGUUUAUGAACGUUGUGCAAUGUAAGCAAACGAUUCCAUCUGAAGAAGAUAAAGUUUCUUCAAGAUAUGAAUCAGCAAUCGCCAGAGAAAAUGUUCAUUCCUACAUCGUCGAUCUUCUAAAUUAUCAACUAAGUCGUCGACAGUUGGUAGAUCACACGACACGAAAUCUUUUGCGUCUUAUGUCCGCCGCCUGCGGUAUUAGCGACGUGCGGUUGCUUGCUUCACAAAGAUUGGAGACUUGGCUACAAAAUCCUAAGCUCAAUCGCCCUGCCAAUGAACUGUUAAUGUCCGUCGCUCUAAACUGCCAUACGCAUUCUUUGGAUGACAUAGAAGUAAUCAGUAACAUAAUAAAAAUGCGACUGAAGACGAAACAACUGGCAGCACACUAUAUCACGUGUAUCAGAGUGCUUGUAGAACAGCACGAAGAAAAUCUUGGCACGCUGAUCAAACAUGUCAUCUAUAACGAACUUUCACAAACAAGAAAUCCAAACAACAUGUCAAUGUUUGCUGCUCUCUUUCAAUUUGCCCCCGACAAAGCUGCAAAGGAACUUGCGGGUGUUUUUCAAGAACUUUUGACCCAAAGGGAGGAUUAUUUACGUGCCAUUCGUGCACUUUUACGUGAAAUUGUGCGUUCUUUACGUCAUGACUUAAAUUUUGUUGCAUUAUGUCGUGGUCUGAUGACUGAACGAAAUGACGUCAUCUUUCAAGACCUCGCCACUCCUAUUAAGGAAAGAAUGUUUGCUUCCUUGACGGACAUCAUUAGUGCAACAACCCUUCUCAGUAUAACUCCGACUGUUCGCGAUGCCAUUAUGGCUUUUAAGCUUGGGGACACAAGAGACAUUAAAGUUAUUCAAGAGUUCCAGAAAAAUGUCGCAUUGAUACAAGAAGAGGUGACAAGUUGGUUUUAUAAAACUGUUCCUCAUAUGUUUCCCAUCUCGGCUUCUAACUUUUCACAAAGCUUAAGCAAAGUGUUUUUCAUGGAACCGCCAGAAUCGUAUACUGGGAAGGACUCUUGGCCAUCGGAAUCCGAAAGAACUUUCCUGCUAUCGGUCGUCACUAACAUACCUGUCAUGGAUGAUACAUUGACUCGUGUUUCUGUGAUUGGUCUCUCUCCUGAACUGCCUCUCGAUGCUCAAAAAGCGUUAAAGUUUAUCGACAUCUUGGUUCAGCGAGCAGCUGUUGUAAAAAGCGGUAUCAACUCAAUGGAAAUAAAUCGACUGAGAUUUAUUGAUGCUAUACUUGAUCUUUGUGCCUAUCAUCAUCCACCCAACAUACUGCUUCCAUCCGGAUAUGAACCACCUUUAUUGGCUAUUGGCAGUCUAUACUGGACGGCUUGGAUCAUUAUACUGUUGGUUGCUGCCUUUAAUCCUACUAACAUUGGUGAGAUUUUGUGGCAAAGAUAUCCAACUUUAAAAUGCUUGGUGGAAAUGGCGAUGACGAAUAAUUUCGUUUUUCCUCCGCCAACAAUGAUUGAAAAUCAAGAUCAUUUGGAAGAAUUGCAUAGACGAGAAACGCAGAUUGCUGCGGCAGAGAAAGACGAUAUACUUUUGUUUGAAACACAUCUUGCUGCCGCUUCAUCUGGCAAAACAAUAACGGAGGAGUCCAGUUUGCUUCUAAGACAGCUCAUAUCGUUGGCACCUGAAGGUCCCGUGCGAAAACCACCACAGUACAUAUUGGAUCAACUCAAGAGGUUGAAUGCUACUGUCGGCAUUGGGAAAAGAUUUUGUUGCUGCCGUUCUCCGGAUUUUCUUUUGGAAAUCAUUCAACGACAGAGCGCGGCAAAAAGUCGUCCAUGGUUGGCUGAUCUCGUUCUGUCAAGUCAAGAGUCGUUAGAUGUGUUGCCAGUUCAGUGUUUGUGCGAGUUUCUGCUGCAGACGAGAGAAGAUGGUGACUCCGCCGAGGAAAGAAACGAAAAAUAUCAUGAGACUGUGAGACAAGUUAUCAGACGUCUUCAUGAUUUGUUGUUUGGUGAUGAAGCUUGCUCUGCUUCUACUUCAGAAACGUUAGAGUCAUUUAUGUACAGACUUCAUUCUCGAUCAACUAAAGAUAGAAAUUCUGCUGUUAAGGCUUUACGUUUGAUAUUUAUGUUUGGCAAAGAGAAUCACAUCUCCUACAAUGAUCCAUCCUCCUGGCUUUUGGUGUUUGUACCAACAUUGCCGUAUUUUCACUCCGUUCUGAACUCAUUGACGAUCGCUUUACGUAAGGCAUGUACCGAAGAGCUGAAGUUUGAAAGACUCCAAUCCUACAUAAUUUUUCUCUCUCUGUAUUCCUCUGAAGAAUCUAUGCUGGAUGUUUCAAAGGAUCUGGGAGAACUUCUGACGGAUAGAUCAACUGUAUUAAAAAGCAUCCUCCGAAAUGACAUGCCAAAAGGAAUGCAGACCCACGAAUCUCUGUUGAAAAUCUUCAACGCCGUCCUUACAAAAGCACUUGAGACAGUUUCCAGCGAAGUUGUUUGGGAUAAUAUAGAAAAGUCGCUAUUCGUUCGAUGGUCGAAGAACACAAUGCAUAGUGGGAAGGCAACAACCAUUAGCAGUCAUAUCAUUCAAGCCAGUCUUGUGUUACUAACAUUUGGACCCAGUCAAGCAUCCAGUCAAAUGUACUACAAUCUGUUGAACACGUGGUGUCCAGCUGAUGGCAACGUGAAAGCAUUCCUACCAAAUACAGGAGAAGAGGUGGAGUUCAUUCCAGGCUGGUUACGUCUUAAAAUGAUUUGUUCAAAUGUCGAACGACUUGAGGAUGCAGCAAUUUCUAGCAUUGAACCGUCUAAAUUGGUUGAUUUUCUUGCUUCAUAUGGAAUUCCUGUAAGAAGUGCAAGUAAAAUGUUAAAAAGUCUCGAUUCAUUUGUUCAAACUCAUCCUCAUUUAAUUGACGAAGUAAUUGCCGAAAACAAAAGGAUAUCGGAUCUCAUUGUUUUACAUCAGUCCCGUGGUGCUUCAGGUGGUGAAAUUAUACACUCGUUCCUUAACGGCAGCGAGUUGAAGAUCUCCAGCAGGCCUUUCAGAGAAGAGCUCUUGCCGCCUCUACGAUCGUCCCACGUGAUUUUAGAAGAAGACAGCGUGAUUGUUAUAAAGGGUUUAGAUUCUUUGGAAGAAAUUAAGCAUGCUGUUGGAAAGAUAUUUCCUUUUUCCAAGAGCUCUUCGUCUACAGAACAAUCUCAUCUAGCAUUUCUUCUUCAAAAGAAAAUCAGCAACGACGUUUCUCAUGUUCACAAAGGAGUAAACUUUAGCCGAACCGUCUCCGAGAAGCUUAUCAAUGUUUUAAUCAAGAUCCUAAAAUCGUCCGAGUCUGCUGCGUUUUCCAACAUCUUUUUUAACUCACCAAGAUUUGCUCAUCCACUUUUGAGAAUUCUCAUCGCCAGAGAGACUAUCUUAGAAAAACAAGGAGACUACUCUGCAUUUCCAGACUUGGUCGAUUUGCUUUCUAAGCAUUGUAAAGAUGGUCCAAUUUCAUCCCUUAUCACAAAAUAUAUUGUCAAAUCCAGAACAAGACAUCGCCGGAUUGUAAAGCCAGUUUCGCCAAGUGCAAUCCGUUUUGUAUUGAAUAAAGUCGAAUCGGGUGCGUCGCUCACAGAUAGUGAAGUCAAAGAUGCCAUCACUGCUCUGAAAAGUCUAAAGAAUCACGAAAAAAUGCCCGAAGUCAAGGAAUUUAUGCCUGUGCUGACCUAUCUUUUUGCAACAAGAUCCCAUUAUAUCGACGAAUUUCUUCGUGUUUUAAUCGCCCAAAUUAUCCCAAGCAAUCCCAACGAAUCAUUUUCUCAGCAAACAAGUCAAUUCAUCCAAGAUCUUAUUGGCUUAAUACAAAAUCGUAGUAGUAACUCUUCACGGGCCGGAAAUGGCGCUAUCAUGGACUGGUUACCAAUCCUCGAUCCAUCUAUUGUCAAUAUUAGUCCAUUGAAACAGAGAGAAUUGUUAUUUGGUAGUACACUUGGGAUAAAUGGGGAUAAUGAUGCACCACCGCAAGGAAUGCUGUUGUUGGUGUUACUGAUUCACAGUGGUAGUUGGGGACAUUUACAGGAUACGUUGGAUUGGUUGCUGAAUCAGCACGUUGUAGCUUCAAGCGUUAAUCCUACGUCUGUGUUGUGCUUUUUCGAAAGCUGUUUGAUUAUUCCGCAUUUGUGGCAAGGGCGAGAUACGAAAUCGGCGCAGGGUAUUGAGACGAGUUUUUAUGAUGACGUCAUGGAACCUGGAAUCCUUUCCUUAUCAUCGGAACAAAUUCGAUGUCUUGUCGAGUAUAUUUUAAAAGAAGCAGAGUUGUCAAAACAGAAGAUUAAAGAUUGUGCUCAAAGUUCUUCCGAAUUUGAAGAUUUGUUUGAAAGUCGUGUUUCUUUGCUGUUGCGUUGCUGUAAAGGAAAACUACAACAUCUUCGUACCGUUAUUGAAAAAAUACAAUCAAGCAAUUGUUGGUCAAAAGAAAUUCUUAAACAAUUCCUCGUGAAACUUUAUCUGUAUUUACCGGAACUUUCAUCCUGGAUAAAAGACCCAGACUGCCUCGUUGACUUAAAACGUAUUAUUGCAGCAAGUCAUGGAAAGUUCGACGGUCUUUUCCAUCGCAUGAUCUCCAUAUUAAACGAUACAGAGUCUGGUAAAACUUGGGAACAUCGUAUAGAUGGCGUCGUUUUGUUGUGUAAAAAGAUGGCCAUUUGUCAUCCCGCUCAUGUUUUAAGAUAUCUACCUGUGAUAUCAUCAUUAGUACGUGGACGAACCCAUUUGACGUCAAAACAAUUUUAUGGUCAAAAUCAUUUUCUGUUUUUCACACAUAUUUUGGGCCUGUUGGAGAGUCUACGUCCUCACAUAUUUGAUACAGUCAAGUUCAUUGAAGACGGUCUUAACGACGCGUUGGAUUCAUUCUUGGACUUGGUUCUGUCCCAAUGCUUAAAACAGAAAGAACGCGCGAGUUUUGUCACGAAACUCGUUGAAUUCUUACAACAGUAUCUCACCCACAAUCCAUCUGGGUCUUUGAAAUACCUUCAUACUAAAAUGGACGCUCUAAUGGAUUUGUCGCUAGAUUAUCCAGAUCUUCCAUGUCUAAACUCGAUAUUAGCCGUAUUAUCCGUACCGAGGAAUCUAAGCAAUCUCGACUCUAGUACAGAAACCAGCAAUGCGGGAUCAUCUUUACUAGAUGUCGCUCCCAGUCCCUCAUUAAUGAUGCCGCCCUGUAGUACGCCGUGGUCGCCAAGUCAGAUCGAACCGUUUCUUCAAAAGAUUACAUCGAAUCAACCCAUCAGCGAAGUGCUAAAAGUUCUCAAUGAUUUGGACGAGACAUCAAAAAGAAGAGUAGAUAUAUUGCAAUAUUUCUUGACAGAUCUGGUACGCAUUACCAAAGAUUUAAACGAAACUUGCCGAGAUAAAGCACAUUGUCUGAUUGCAAGACAUCUUAAACACAAUCCAAGGGACUCAAAGUUAAUCAAAGAUGGGUUAGUGGAGUGCUUGUGUUCUUCAGAUCCUGGAAUUGUAACUAGUGCAGCAAAAGUUUUACCCGAGAUUUGCAUUUUAGCCGCAGAAUACUGUGAAGAGAUUUUCGAGAAAGUGUUUAUGUUUUCAACAAAGAAACUUGCCAAAGUUGGAUUGAGUGUCACGAAAACAUUUCAAAUGUUCAAUUUUGAUUAAUUUGCUGUUUAUGUAGAAUAAAUAAAGAAAAACAAAGCAAAACCAUGAUGUGCAUCUUUUUGCCUAAAGAUAAAAUAAACAACCAAACCUA